AUGUUUGACCAACUUAUCCGGAGAAAGGCUGCCCAAAGCUUCACAAGCUGCACAGCGGACAUUUGCAUCAGCGUCCUCCAGCUUCUUCACCAAAUCUACGGAAUGUUUGACCAACUCAUCCGGAGAAAGGCUGCCCAAAGCUCUGCAAGCUGCACAGCAGACAUUCGCAUCAGCGUCCUCCAGCUUCUUCACCAAAUCUACGGAAUGUUUGACCAACUCAUCCGGAGAAAGGCUGCCCAAAGCGCUACAAGCUGCACAGCGGACAUUUGCAUCAGCGUGUUCCAGCUUCUUCACCAAAUCUAA